AUGAUGAACCACGCUCGAGUCAAGGCCCUCAAGGGAAACGGAAAAACCGUCUCGAAGAAAGCCAUCAAGUCCGGCCGUGCAUCAGGAAGCAGCACACCGCGAGGCUCUCCUCUGCCUUCGCUAUUGGCGUCGCCCACUCAUUCCGCUGCCCACAGCCGCGUCACGUCUGAUGUCAGCGACGACGACGGCGAUUUUGAAUUGGAUGACAUGGCGUCAAGCGUCUACUCUGGCGGAUCCCACGACGAAACGCCCGAAGAGCCCGAUACUCUCGUUUUCGACACCAGGGCUCUCAUAGAAGGCCUUCGGGACCGAAAGCACAACAACAGCGAGAUGCGAGAAUAUUUCCUCGGCGUCUACAUCAAGACGAUUCGGAACCACUAUACCGCCGACACCCAUCUCUGGCUAGAUGAUGCCGCAGGCGAACUGGCAGAGCUUUUCCUCCACGACUCAAAUCGUGCGGCAACGGCCAAGGAGCGACUACUAAGUCUGCACGCCUUUUGCCUCACAAUUGGAACGGUCGGAUCCCUAGAGAUUUUUGAUGGCGCACAAAAGAUUCUCAAACAAAUAAUGGCAGACGAUGAUGACGAUGAUUGCCGUGUCUAUGCGAUAUAUGCGCUCUGUAUGACGGUGCUCUACGCCGGUGGCCUAGAAGAGGCUGCUCUGGAAGUCAUGGAGUUCUUUGUCGAGAUCGUGCGGACAGAUGGAGAGCACAUCGAGGCCCAUGACAACGCCGUCAUCGUCGCGGCCGCUCUGCAAGGCUGGUGCUUUGUUGCCAGCCAUGUGUCUGACUUUUCCGACUUUGCCGACAUGGCCAUGGAUGCAUUUGUGGAUCAGCUUGAUAGUGAUGACGUGGAGAUUCAGUCCAAUGCUGGUGGAUGCAUUGCCCUCAUCUUUGAGGCGUCAAGAAAUCACGUCGAAGAAACCGGCGAGCCGUUCCAGCUCCAGUAUGAUCCGCAAAGACUGGCUGGUCGAAUGAGCGAACUGGCCAAGCUAAGUGCCAAGUCGGUUUCGAGAAAGCAUCGUCGCAGUCUGCGAGAGAACUUGAUCAGCGUUGUGACCUCUCUCGAGAGAGGCGUUGGUCCUUUCUACUCUACGGCCCUGUACGUUCCCGAAAAGGGUGAGCAUGUGCCCGUCUUGCAGCGCACCGAUGAUGGACAAGCAGAGUAUGGUUAUCGAUGCAAGCUGAGGCUAGGUAACCACGUUGCCAAGAUUGAUACUUGGUCACUCUACUUCAGAUCAAACCUCAUGAGGAUUAUUUUCAAGGCCGGGCUGCAGAAUCAUGUUUUCAUCAACCCGGUUGUUGUAGAAUGCUUGGAGGAUGCACAUUUUAUACAAGACUACUCACCACUCCAGAAAACGCCAAAAGGUCGGAAGAAGUAGGUAGUUGCAUUGGCAGCAGGGGUUGCCUUUUCAGAAUGUCUCUUAUUCGCUGCUUCUGCUUAAUGCCCUGUCACCGCAGAUGGGCUACUCUCUUUCUCCCCCCCUCUAUCUUUCUCUAGCUCCCUACUAUCAUUUUCUGACCUGUUUUCUUUUCUCUCUCCACUUUUGAAUAUGGGCUACGUAGCGGACCAGCUGUUAGAAUGGGAAUGGUGAAUAUCCAAAACGCCUCGGAGCCCUCAUUGUUCUGUUGUAGACAUAGUGAUGAUCGGCGAUGACGAGAUGAAAUGGGCUAGGUCUUUUGUCAAUGUUUUAAAGCUGUAUAGCAAUAAAUGAGCUUGAAAAUACUUUACAAUACUCUAAUUAGAUAUUUCAAUCAUAUGAGAUACGAUGC